AUGGCGGACCGCCUUGCAAAGGUGAAGGCGCUUUUAAGGCAGAAGUUCGACGUGCGCAACUCGGGGGAGGCGAAAUACUUCCUCGGCAUGGAGCCGACGUGCAACAAGGAGGCGCGCACUAAGCUAAAGCAAAAGAACUCGACAGGAGAGCUAGUCCGACGGGAAGAUCUUGAGUUGGAUCGUGGGACGGUCCAGAUAUACUACGACAACCAAGGAGCAAUACGGCUCCUCAAGCACCCGAUCGCUUUGCAGCAAUCAAAGCACAUUGACGUGAUUCAUCACUUUGCACGGGAGCGUGUGGCACGCAAGGAGGUAGCGUUUGCAUACUGCAAGACGGAGGACAUGAAGGCGGACAUAAUGACGAAGGCGUUAUCACCGGAUUAG